AUGGAAAUGGACACAGACUGCGUAUCUCUACCGGAAACAUGUGAAAAUCUAAUGAUUAAUGUUGUAGAAACUCGUAAACAUUUCGGCAAAAAAUGUUUGGAAUACCACCAAAAGACAGCUCAAGUUGAACACGCUAUGUUAAAUUUACAGCUCAAAGCUAUAUCCAACUCAAAACUGCCCAAAUCCAAACAUCAGAUCCCUAAUUUGCCAUACGAUAAAAUGAUUCACGACAUGGAUGAUUUCAAAGAGGAAAUACUGGCUGCUGAGAGAAAGCUACAUGCAAUAGAUAAUAAAAUUAUGAACACCGAGAAAAUUGUUACACAGAUAAUAAAUGAUCGCAUUAAUAAGCAAGCUAAAAUACCUAUAACAACAGAAAGUUUGAUAGCAUGUGCUAAAGUUUGA